UGUACGAGUGGCUGUAAUGCAAAGAGGGAUACAAGUCGCAUCAACGCAGUCCGUGGAAAACAAGGUAACGGCAAGUUGUCAAGAUACCACCGAUCACAACGGAAAGAGCGUCUGCUGGCGGAACUUUACCGCUGAGGCGUCGGAUGGAUGAUGAGGAGGAGGACAUGUCACGGCCCAUCUCGCAGCUCUGGGGAACGCCCUUUAGGGACAUCAAGUACGAAGACCGCGCCACACAGAUCGCGGCUGGACAGGCCGUCGCUGCUGUCACUGCUGCCGUGCCCACGUCGCAGAGCCACAACAACAACAACAGCAUCGGCAUCAACACGCUGCCCUGCAGCUUGCACCGGCAGCCUCGCAUACCCUUUCACGGCAACGCUGGAUUACGCUCACAUUUCCCCGCUCAGUUUGAGCCCAUGGAGGACCGGGGAGAGAGGCAGAUUGAAGCGGAGGAGGAAGAGGGCAGAGGGGAGGAAGAGGACAGGAUGGCAGAGAGGCCCGAGGAGCAGGCAGGGGCGAGCGUGGAGGCGCAAAUCGGUCGUAAACUUCGGGAGAUCGGAGACAAGUUCCAACAGGAUCAUGUUGAACUGUUCAUGAGGUAUCAGAGACAAAACCUGCCUGCCUGGAUGCGCCUUACGAUGGCCCUGUUUGGCUUUCUGUUUCCAAGAGAGGCUCUGUUCCCCCGCCUGAGAGGAGAACAGAGAUGAUGGGCUCUUCCUGUCAGCCCUCGCCUCAGCCCUUGUCCCCCCCCCCCCCCCCCCCGCAGGGGGACAAGGGUCCAGACUUUUAAGAUGGCACUGUAGGAUGGAACACGGGUUUGGAUUUUGUUUUCUAAUUGAACACAAAGACGAGAUGAAGAAAACACUGGUCACCGCUGGACGGAGACUGAUUGCAAUUUUUUUCUUGUUUUUGUUUUUGUUUUGUAGUUGUUUUUUCGCGCUCUCCAAGAAGAAGCCAUUGCGUUUGAAGAGAUAUUUUCGAAAUAUUUGUAAGAUGACCUAUUUUGUACAGUAAACUGAUCUUUUUAUUUGGUAUUUCAAGUCUUGAAGGACCUCCAUCAGUCCAGGGAAUGCCUUAUUCUCUCCUGCCACAGUACUUUUGCAUCAAGGAAGUCAUAAAAUACAUUCAUUUUAAGAUUAGGCCACUUGUUUUUGGCGACAAACUGUGGACGUGGACAUUUCUGUGCUGAAGUUACUGACUUCAAACAUUGAGGACUCGAGGCACAUUUCUAAUUUAUUCUCAGAAAAAACAAUACGCCCUGUACUUAUCCUUUAGUGUUCCACACUGGCUAAUUUGAAAGUGGUCAUGACGUUGUGGCGGUGCUACUGGUGUUGCACUGUCGCUCAGUUUAGAUGUUUUACCAGCUUCCACGGUAGACGUAAGGGCCUUUAUAUCGACCUGUCUCAUCCAUCAGCCUCUCCAUCUCCAGCACCACUCAUGAUGUAGAUUCAGAUCCUGUCGAAACACAUGUAUACUUGAAUGUAGGUGUACUGAAGAUAUUCUAAUUAAGUGACUUCAAUGCGUGGCAUCAUCGUGAUUGCUCUUUGAAUUUGUGAUCACGUGUUUGUAGGAGUGCGUGCUUACUGUUUCCAAAAUCUGCAGUCAUUUUGAAACCAAAUAAGCACAAACAAAUCUCCUUUGUGGGAUCACGAUCAGGGAACUAAUAAAACAAUCACACGGCUGAAAAUCUUUGGAUGAAUGUCAUCGUAUUCUAAAGCUUCUUCAGUAUUUCUUUCUCUGGCUGGAUUGACAAUCGCAAUUUUGCCCUUUGCUGCAUGGUGUGGGCCGCCUGUGGGAGAGGUGACAUUUAUCAGCGUUUUUUUUAGGGGGCGAGCAAUAUUCAAGCCAGUUGGAAGGAAGUCAAAUCUUAGGGAUCUGUUGCAUUUGCAAUCAAACUGAUAUCCACAGAAGGACGUUUCCCAAAAAUACGACUGUGUUCUCAAUGAAAUACACCUCUAAACAAAUGUCUUUGCUGCAGAAACGUUUUGGGGUUAAAGUUACCGAGAUGCAUUUUUAUUUUAUUUCACUCCGGUGUGUAAAUGUCUCGAGCACUGAUUCAAUCCCGAUGUGCUGAUACAUGUAUGUAUCCACCUUUCAUUCAAGUGCUUUCUUUCACCAAACUGCCAGUGGUGUAUUCAGCUUCACUGAGAACUUAGUAAGAACAGCUUCUGUACAGUUCAAGCAUUUUUACUCACACAUUUGGAUAUAGGAGAAUAUUAUAAAAACCCCUUUGUGACAAGUGCUACGUUAGCAUUUUGCAAACGACACACAGCCACUGUUUCUCAAUGUAAGGUUUAUAAAGGAAAAAGUCUUGGAAGGACUUUAAAUAAGAUGUUAAAAAUUCCUAAUUUGAUGUAUUAUUUCAGUCUGUUGUAGAUUCAUGAUAUGAACUUUUGAAGACACUGUUGGUUUUUUUUCUUCUUCCUCUUUUAUGUUUUCUUCAGGGAGUAGUUAAGAACCAUGCUAAUUACCUGAUGCUAAUUUUUGAGUUUGCAAAUGAUCUGCCUUUUGAAUGACGACUCCAUGUUGGUAGACGAUGCUGCACAAGCAAAGAUGUUUCAUUCGACUUUUUAUGUUUUCCAAAGCGCAUUCACUCAACAUCAACAUGGAGGUUUUUUAGGUUUUUUUUUGUAAUGACAAAUGCUGAACCAAAAGUUUGUUUCCUGCAAACACUGAACGCUGAGCCAAUUGAGAUAGGCGCACUCUGGUCUUCAGUCCAAAGCUUCACCCUCUUUGUCGUCAUCGCGCGUCAUGUUUAACUACUCCCUGUCAACAAGAACAAGAUUCAUUUUGUUUUUGUUUCUUUUUAGAUAAUUUAUUCUAAUUUAUUUUCUGUAUAUUUGCUCAGUGCUACUGUAUAGAUGCUAUCUCAGUGUGUACAGUCCCUUUCUUCUCAUUGUUGAUGCGCAUUCAGUUGUGUGUUUGGUGCCUGUGUGUGGGGAGGUUGGACUAAAGCCAUGUGCCUCGUGCGUUUCUCACAGGAAUGGUGUGAGUCUUUACAAAUCACAUGAACAACAGACAAUCAAAUGUACAAAACGUGCCUUGUGAGUAACAGACCUGCCACGUCAUCAUCAACAUUUGGCAUAAUUACCCCAAAGUCACUGGUCACAGCUCCUCUUUCACUCGGGCUCCGUGAGAGAACAACAUGGUCCGCUACAGUCGAGUUGGCACAAACAGUACGGGCGUGUUCGUUGUGCCUUGAUACGCAAAAAAAAAUCUGUUUCACGAGGCACAGGCUCAACCUUUGACAUCUCUCAGCACGAAUGGCGAGUUUCACCACGCAAAACCUUCUUAAUAUCAGAAACGACUGUUUGCAAUCAAUGUGCACUGUAAAAAAACAACAACAACAAUUUUUUUACCUGUAUACUGUACUUUGCGCCUCUCUUUCUACUCCUGUGCUGAACUUCCCCUCUGAAAACUCUUUAAGAUCUGUAAUAUGCUGGAUCGGCCUAGCUCGUCUGGGUAUUUGUGCUUUAUUAUCUACAAUCUAGUAGGGCUGCGGGUUUACGUUUGAAGGAGGGAUGAGCCACCAUGGUGCCCAGUAUUAUUUGUAUGCGAGAUGGGCUGAACAGCCACCCAGUCGGUCUGGUGUUGAUCUGAGCCUGUCGUUACCAACCACUGUUGCAACCCCGACUCAAGUGAAACAUUUGCUAUUCGUUCAACCUUCAGUGUCUUUAAUAUCAAAUUUCUUCGAUCAGUUUUUUUUUAAUAUCCAAGAAAGAGUGCAUCUUUACUGUCAAGUGCUGUGAAUUGGUGUUUUUUUUUUUACAUUUGACAUGGAUUUGACACAGCUAUUGUUGCUACCUUUAUAAAAAAAACUUUUUUGGGCUAAGAUUUUCCACAUCUUUUUGUAAGAAGACGAAGAACGAACUACAACAACACAACUUUUUUGCUAUGAUUGCUUUUUUUUCAAUGUUGUGGCAUUUAUAAUUUUGGAUAUUGCCAAGUCUGCUGUGACACUCUCAGUUCAAGGGCUUUUUUCGAUAUAUGUAAAUGGAGUAAAAAUGCAUGUCCAACAUUCCUGGAAAAAACGGUAUCUUAAAGGUUUGAAUGUAAUUUAAUGGAGUGAAAACCACGAUAUCUCUUUUAAUACAUGAACUGAACAGUGGAACUUAAUUCAGACUCCUGCGCUGUGCGCGCGGGGAGUUCAUAUUGUCUUCACAUUUCUUUCUUUACGUUCAGAGUGGUCUCAAGGAUUUCACAUCCAUGUGUCCUAAUGAAGUGAGACCCAGUCCAGAUGUAGCAGUUUUUGUUAAAGCAUUGGCUGUGUUAUCUUUGGGACUGCUCUGCGUCUACUGCACAGUUUUCAAAUGGCGCAGGAAAUGAAGCGAUGGAGGGAACGAAGGAGGACGGGGAUGUUUGUUCUUUUUCUAGUGCAAUAUGCUGUACAUAAGAGCUUGACUCUCGAAAUCUUACAAUUUCUCUUAUUUUCUUCUGUUGUUGAAUGGGUACAUUGCUGUUUUUUUUUUUCAUUAAAACUUUACGGACAAUUGAAAUUGCUUGUGCUUCGUUUAUUUUACUAAAGAAAACCUAAAAUCAUAUACACAGUUGAGUUUAAAUAACAGCAAGAAAAUCACAUUGGUGAUCCUCUUGGAAGUAAAUGAUGCCUGCAACUGACAUGGUUCCCAUAACUGGUUUUGACUGGUCUUAGAUUAGCGUAGCCAUUUAUUUUAAACCCACACUGGGAAGAGUACCCUGGUGCGAUAUGUGUUUGCGCAUGUAAACAUCACAUCCUAGUCUCAGAAACCUGGAGUACUCUGAUACAGACCGGGAUACUGUGGCAUGUAAAGAGCUUAUCCAGGUUUCUGCCAUGUUUGUGUGUCGUCAACUCAAGUUACAGCCAGUAAAAUAAAAUCAAAGAAGAUGGACAACAUAAUUAUGAAAAGCUUCGAAAUUAAAGUCUGAUACAUAGACUGUAUAUAAGAAAUAGAGGCAGUCACAGUGAAGCCACCCAUUGGUUUGUGGACAACAGUUUUGAAGUUUGUCAUUUCGUCCGUCGCCAUCUUGGAUUU